AUGGAGUAAGUCGAUUAUUAUGAACUUCUUAAACGAUUUCAAUAUUCUUACAUCAAGCCAAAUGCUUAAUUAAGACACUAUUUACAAUCUCUCACUCCUGACUAAUAUCCGGAUUUAUUCUAAAACAUUGAAAACUUAAAUUAUGACUCACAUAAAAUCAAAAGAUUACUUAGAUUCCUCAAAAAACCACAUCUAGUACCACAAUACUUUCAUCUUAAAUUAAAACAUAAAUUGAAAAUCAAUGAAAGUGUACCUCAAGGAGUUGUUGAUUUUAAUAAGAAAAAUUCAUUAAUUUUGACAUCAUAAUAGCAGGGACAAUUAUUAUUUGACAAACUUAAAGAAGAAUUCUUUGUUGAUUCCAAACUUAGAAAAACAGGUAUUUCUAUUUUUAUUCUAUUCAAGAUUCACUUACUUUCAAGCAUUAAUAUUAUCAAGCCUUGUAAGACAAUCUAACUAAUUAAUGUAUUGAAUAAUGUCUUCGUCUCCUUAAAAGAUCAGAAUAAAAUAUGGACACUUUAAUUAUUGUACUCACAGAAUUAGCACAAACACAAUAUGAUAUUACACCUUAAUUAGUAGCCAUACAUAAUGCCUUAACAGAAUUCAUUAAGAAUGAUUUAUCAAUCACUUGUUUAAAAUUAGCACAUUCUUGUAUCAAAGGAGAUUUAAGUACUGCUGUUACAUUUAUUGGAAAAAUGAUACAAGGUACACAUGAUGAAAAUAGAAAAUUUGCUUUCCUUAGUACUUUGCCUCAUAGAUGUGAAAAAUAAAUUGAAUUAAUUUAUAAUUUGGCUACUGUGCUUAAUGAUGAUCAAAAAGUAUUUGACUUAAUUAAAAGAAUGAGAGAUCUUAAAGUUCCUUUAGGAAAUUGGGCUCACUUAAAAAAAUUAUUAACAAUUAAUAAGUAUACAAAUACAUUUGUCUCACUAUUGGUUGUUGAUUGGUUAUUAGAAAAGUAAUAAGAAUCAAAUAGUAAAGAUUUAGAAUCUGUAAUGGAAUUAAUUGUUAAUGGAUUAGCUACUAAUGUAAAUUCAUUUAUAUAUAAUAUUUUAGUUUAAAAACUUUGCUAAAGUUGUUACUUAACCAGUAAUGUUCUUAGCCUAAUUAAAAUGUGUUGUUUUAUAUGCUCUUUUUUGUGAAGAAGAUGCUCCAGCCAAAUUGAUGAUUACAAUCAAUGAAAAUCUUAAUAAGAAUACAGACAUUUUCAAUUCUAAAAGUCAUUUGUGUUAAUUAAAAUACUUGAUAUCCCCAUCAUGUUAAAAUGAGAGUUAAUUAUUUUUGGAUUGCUUAUUAGUAUAUUAAGCAAUAACAUAUGAUGAAAAUGAUCAAUUUAAUUAUUUAUUGCCAUUGAUUACUUUAAUUGCAUUUAGUGGAAAAGUUAAGAAUAGUGUAAAUGUGAAAUAAUCAUUAGAAUUAUUAAAACUAUUUUAAGCAAUCGAUAUUAAUAUACUUUACAAUAAAAUAUUUAAGACAUUACAUGAAUUUCUAUAUUAAAUCAACCCAUAUUAAGGUGAAGGAAUAAAUUUCAGGAAAGACAGAUUAGUUCAUUUUGUAAGAUUGAUUAAAAAUUAAAUUGCAAAUACUUAAAUUGAAAAUCCAUAAUACAUCUACACAACCUUUUCACAUACAUUCAUUUCUCAAUUCAAAAACAAUUUACCAAAAUAUGAUAUUGAAGUGAAUCCAAUAAGUUGGUUUACAAAUCGUGGAUUGAUGAGCAAUAAUCCUUAUACAGUUUAAUCUACUAUUAAUUAUUGCAGACUUUUAGUUGAUUAAGGUUUUAUUGAUGAUAUUGUUAAACCUAUUGAAGAAUGGGUUAAUCCUAAUAAUAUUAAUAAAUUAAGUAGUUUAGAUCACUUAGAUGAAUAAUUGGAAUAGAUAUAAAUAUAAUAGUUAAAUCAUACUAAUUUAUAGUAAUCAGGAUUAAAAGUAAUGACUAAUGAUAAGCCACUUGAUGAAUCUGAAUUGUAAUUAUAGUAAGAACUUAAAAAAUUUGAAAACAAUAAUGCAGUACUUAUGGAUGAAGGAGAAGCAAAGUAACAAAUGUUAUUAAAAUAAAAGAAUAAAAUGUGUUAAUAAUAUUCAUUAUGUUUAAAAUUAUUUGAAGGUAUACUAUAUACAAAGUCCAAAGAAUAAUUUAUUACUAAAUACUUUAAUUAAAUAUCUGCUUUUGCAAAAGAAAUCUCCACAAGAUAUGAUUGCUGUAUGUUCCUAUUAAAAUAUUUUGAAACUAAUCCAUUAUUGUAGUAAUUUAAAUGGCCUCUUACUUUUUUCUUUUUAGAACGUAGUAUGAAUUCUAUACCAAACGACAAAAUCUUAGAAAAAAUUAACCAAUUUUAAGAUUGUCUUUUGAAAGAAAUCUAAAAUCCACCAAUUCAUCUAAUUCAUUUAAUGAAUCUUUACAUAAUAAAUUAAAAUGCUUUUACUCCUAUUACAAAAUUUAAGACUUUUUCAAUUAUUUUAAAAUAUAAAGAUUAAUUAACAAUAAAUGAGUAUUUUACACCAUUUGUUGUAAAUAUAAAUAUUUGUGGACAUGCAAAAAAUGCAGGACAUGUGUUAUAAUUGAUCUUUAAUAAGGAUAGUUAGUAACAUUAUGAUUUAUUUUUUAAUAAUAUUUUGAAUCUAGUUCCAGAAGCUUAAAAUUUAAUCUUAAAAACAAUACCAAGUUUGCCUGAUAAUUUUGAUAUUCAUAUUAAAGUUAGAGUCUUGGCUGAAUUUGAUGAAACCAAAGAAGCUGCUUUACCUUUUGUAGAUAAAGAAUUUAAAGUUUUGAAUUAGCUCUAAAAAUGGGAUAUAGUUAGUUUUGUGAAGAAAUUCCCUAGAGAACAUAGUGAAGUCAUGAUUAACAUUUUGAAUGAAGUAAAUGGAUUUCCAGAAAUGAUAAUAUAAGCAGCAUCUAAAUUAGUUGUUGAUUAAUAAUUAUAAGAAGAAUAAUUGGAAUUUUUUCCUUAUUUUGUUAGCAAAUAAUUAAAUAUAUAUCCUAAACAUUUGAUAGGAAAAACAAUAGAUUUAUUAAUUUAAUAUUCAUCAACUCCAGAAAGGCAAUAAUUGGCAGUACUUUGCAGAGAGGCAGGUGUUUAAUUAAUAAAAUUACUUGGUAAAGAAAAUUCAAAUGAUAUUCUAAUUUAAAUAGAAGCUCAUCUUUAAUCUAAAAAUGUAUGUGCAUCAAUACGUGCUAUAACAUAUUUGGGCGUAUUGUCAUAAUUUUUGUAAGGACACAACUAAAGAAAAACUUAAGAAUAAAUUGUUUAAUUGUUCAGAAAUAGUGAUAAAGAUUCACAAUUGGAAUUAGCCCGUUCAUUAUAAGAGUUAUUGAGUUUUUUCCCUGAUACAGAGAAUCUUGUUAUUGAAUUGUUGAAAUCUAAUAAAUUAGAGAAGGAUGAGAAUGUAAAGAGAGGAAAUGCAUAUAUGAUAGCAGGUUUAAUAAAAGGGUUAGGAGUGGAAAUGAUGGAAAAGUUAGGAAUAUUUGAAUUAUUAGAAGUAAAAGAGAGAAAGGAGAGUUUAGAAGAUAAAUUUUAUGUUUUGAUAUAAUUAUAAGCAAUGAUUGAUUUAUUCUAGAAAAUAUUAGAACCAUAUGUAUUAAAAGUGAUGGGAAUUUUAAUGAAAUAUUUUGGAGAAGGAAAAGUAGAAGUACGUAAUUUAGCAAUGACGAAUGCUAGUAGAUUAUUAUAAUCACUCUCUAGUUAUGGAGUUAAGAUAAUGCUUUAACCAUUACUUGAAGGUUUAGAUUCUGAUACAUAAUGGAGAGCUAAAGUGGCAAAUAUUUGGGCAUUAGGACAUUUGGCACAUUGUUCACCAAAAUAAUUAUCAAGUUGUCUCCCUUAGAUUGUAAAUUCUAUAUCAAAAGCGAUUUCUGAUACUCAUCCUGAUGUAAAAGCAGAAGCAAAUAAAUCAUUGAAUGAAAUAGGAUCAACAAUAAAGAAUCCUGAAAUUUCUAGUAUUGCAGAUAUAUUGAUUAUUUCAUUAUCAAAUCCAUAUGAUGAGAAUUUAAGAGGAUUAUAAGUAGUAUUGGAAACAAAGUUUAGACAUUAUAUAGAUGCUCCAGCAAUGUCAUUAUUGAUUCCAAUAAUAGAUUAUGGUUUAAGAGCAUAAGAUAGUAAUUAAAGGAGUUAAGCAUCAAUAUUAAUAGGAGGUUUGCCUCAUUUGAUAUAGAAAAGUGAUGAUCUAGUACCAUAUAUGAAUUUAAUUGUUGGUGGAUUAGAAGUAGUAAUAGGAGAUCCAUUAUUAGAGGUUAGAACAGUAGCAGCAAAAGCAAUAGGUUAAUUAUCUAAAAAGAUAGGAAUUGAGAAUACUAAGUAAUUCUUUAAAUUUAUAUGGGAUGUAUUAGAAAAUAAGGAAGCAAGUACAAAUAAGAGAUCAGGGGCAGCUCAUGCAUUUGCUGAAAUAUCAUGUAUUCAUGGAGAUACCUUUUUAGAGGAAUCACUUUAAUUUAUAUUCACUUAAAUUUAAAGACCUGAAAUAUUUGUUAAAGAAGGAUAUAUAGGAAUAUUUAUUUAUAUUCCAAGUAUUUUAUAAUAGAAGUUUGAGAAUUACGUUAAAGAUGUGAUUGAAAAUGUUUAUGAAUGUGUAAGUCAUGAAGAUGAUGUUGUAAGUAGUAUUACUUUGAGAGUGUUAAAGAUUUUAAUUAAGAAUUUCGGUAUAUUAUAAAAUGAAUUAUUAUAUCCAUCAUUAACAGAAACAAUGUUAAAUGAGGAUGCAAAGAAACGUAAUGCAGGAACUAUAUUGAGCGGAGAAAUGCUUAAAAUAACUCAGAAGUAUGUAUUUGCUCAAUUAAACAAUCCAGACAGUCAAUAAUAUAUUAAUAUUGAUUUAUAUUAUUUGAAUUUGAUGACUUUGUAUACAAUGUAAUAAGAUGUUGCUGAUGUGGUUAGACAAAAUGCUGUUGCUAUUUGGAAAGAAUUUAUAGAUAAUACUCCAAAAACAUUAAAGAAAGGACUUAAACAAUAUGUUAUUUAAUUAUGUAAUAUUAUGAGUAGAGAUGGUGUUGUCUAAAAUGGUAUUAAUAGUAUUAGAAAUUUCUGUGAAAAAUAUGGUGAGACAUAAAUGAGUGAAGCAUUCAAUCAUAUUGGAUUUGUCUUAUAAAAUUACUAAGACAAUUUAUCCUUAGUCAAGGGAGCUUAUUCAGUAUUGAAUUAGAUUUAUAUACACAUUUCAUUAGAUAUAGCUACAAGAUACAGAGAUCAAUUUAUUGAAUAUUCAAGAAUAUAUAUAUUCUGUAAAGAUAAUAUGAUUAAGUAAUAAUUAUUUUAAUCUAUUGGAACAAUGAUUAAUAAAGUAAAAUAAACUACUUUUGUUGAAUUGAUAAUUGAACCUUAUUUAAUUGAAUUAGCUGCUAUGGAUGAAAAUGAUCCAAAAUAUUCAGGUUAUUUAGAAGUAUUUUAAAGAUUGUGUUCAUUAAAUUAGACUCUUGUAUUACACUAUUUAAUUGUAUUGAUUUUAGUACCACCUUUACAUUAAUUUAAAAUUGAUAUUCUCACUAAUAAUGCUUCUACAUUCUCAAGUGUCAUUUAUAAAAAAUAUGAAAACAAAAUACCUAUUCAAAUAUUGUUUAAUGAUCUUUAUUUAUGUGCUGAAUUUAAUGAUCACAAUGAAUGGAAUGACAGAACUGAAUCACUCAUCUAUUGUAUUUAAUAAUUGAGUAUUCACAUAAAAUCUGAUAUUGAAAAUUAUUUAGCAUUAUUUAUUGAAGAUAUUCUUAGAUAAUUAUCAAUUAAGAGUAAACCUAUUUUUGAAUCAGAAGCACAUCCAAAUGAUUAUAAACAUUGUCUUAUUCCCUUGGAAGUUUUGUAAUACUUCUUAAAAAAUACAUCUGAAGAUCAUUAAUAAUUUUCAUAAGCAAUUAUUGAAAAAGUCACUCCUUUCUUAUACCUUUAAUCAAAUAGUCUCUCUAAGUAAUAAUUAGAGUAAUUCUACAAUUUAGCUAAUAAGAUUCUUUAUGCAAUUAAUAAUACAUUAGAUAAGCAACAUCAUUUUGAUAAUAUGCGUAAUAUUCAUACUUGCUUUAUGAAUCGUAUCAAUAAUAAUGUAAUACCUGGAUUAAGUCUUUAAGAUGGAGCAGGAAUAGAACCUUAUGUUUCUAUGCUAAUUGAUAGUUUUGUGUUUGGUAAAGAAGAAACAUUUAAAUACGCUUAUGACUUCAUGAAAAUCUUAAUUAGAUCUGCUGAUUAUCAAUAACUUCAAAUCUAUAUUCUAAAAUUAGUUGGUGCUCUUAUACGUAUUCUUAAUUAUAAAGGCAAUAAUGAACUCAAAGUUCUUGCUUUAUAAUUAAUACAUUAAUCUUAGGAGAAGGGUCUUGAACUAUAGAAAUUCAAGCCAUAAUUAGCUAUCACCUAUGAAAAAUUGAUUAUUGACAUUAAUUUAGUAGAUGGAGGAUUAAAACAAUUAUCUAAGAAUUACAGUUAAUUCCUUAAAAUGCAUGAUAAAAAAGUAUUAUUGUAAUUAUAUUCAUUAUAGGAUUUACUUCUUAAUCAAUUAUUUAAUAAGGGUGUAUAAAGUGUUACUUAAGAAGCAAGAGAAUGUCAUUUGAAAAUUGUUAAAAAAGCUAUUAAAGAUUAAUAAGAAUAAGUUUAUUCGUCAGCUGUUUUGGAAAGAUUUUUCACUCUCUCAAAAUAAUAUUUUGAAAAGUGUAUUCAAUCUUCAAAAUUUGAUUUAGCUUCUCCUUGUGAAUUAAAUCGUCUAGGUAUCUAUUUAAUUAUAUUCUAUUUUAGCUCAUAUUCUUGCGUAAACUUAUAAUUAUACAAAUAAAAAUAACAAAGAGCAAUAUGUUCAAAAAUAUAUGAAAUUUGAUCAAUAUGGUUUGCUAUUAAAAUUACAAUUUGUAAGAUAUUAAAUGAAAGAUUUAUUACCUGAUAUAAUAGCAUAUGCUAUAGAAUAAGUCAAUACUAAUGAAAAUAUGACUUAUGUGCUUCAAAUAUUGAGAAACUUAAGAAAAUUCCCCAAUAUUUAGGUUAAGUAAUAAUUAAAACCCAAAUUCAUGGAAAUUCCACAAAUUUUAAGUGCGUUAUCAAGAUUAUAAUGAUAUAAAAUAUAUUAAAUAACAGAC